AUGCUACGCGCUGCUCGGCUCUGCGUGCGUACGCGUGCGUGUAGAGCGCGUCGCGUGCGUACUGAGAAACUCUUUGACGAUGCCGCACUGAAAAGGGCGAUGUGUGCGUUGAGGUCGCGCCUGAGAUUGUUCGGACUUAGGGUUGACCAGGGUUGGGGUGGUGGUGCGGGGUGGGGAGUGCUGAGCCCGAGGGUGGGUGGUGGGUUGGGAUUUGUGGGGUUGGACUGGUGCCAAUUGUGA